ACUACCAUUUUAGGGGAGGAUGCAAGCCACUAUACCAGCUCAUCUAAGAUUUUACAGGCGCACUUAAGUGUCUUUUUAUUGAAAUAAUAAAAUAAACAUGUCGCUAACGAAUUAUUAUUCCAUAAUGGGUGUCCAAACCGAGGAGGCGUACGGUGCGCAUUUUAUCCCGGGCGGAUUGCAGGGUUCGACGGCCGGGUGCGCGAAGCCUACCCGGGGAGCGGAGCAGGAGCAGCAGGAAGAGGAGGGGACCCUGGUCUCACACAUCCCUGAUUUUUCCAAUUUUUCCAACAAAGCGAGUCUGAAUGGCUUUUCUCCUUGGACAAACACGUCUAUCUCCACCCCGACGUCUUCCCAGCUGCAAAGCGCAUCCGGUGCUUCCCUCCCUGGACUUUUUCAUCCACACCCCCUCCUGAACCACCACCACUCUUACUACGGCCCACAAGCUCAGACUCACGCUGAGCACCUCGCGUCCGCGGCAGCGUCCGACAGCAGGUUCGUCCGCUGCUGGGAAGGAGUGACCCCGGCCUCGGAGACCGCUCUGUCGCAGGUUACACCCAGUUUCUCCGCGUGUCUCCCCACGCAAGGGGAACUGUCUAAUCCCAGCCCCACCUAUGACGCGGUUAAACCAGAGAGCUCGCCGCCGUCCCGCGACAGCGCCGAGGAGUCCAGCUUCGCUAGCCCGGCAGAGGUGGUCUUGGAGCGGCUGGGGGCGGCGGAGGAGCCGGGGAGGAAGACUGAGACGAAGAAGGAGGACGAGGAGAGAAAUACACGACAGCAGCAGCAGCUCGACCCGGAAAAUCCAUCAGCCAGCUGGAUCCACGCCAAAUCCACUCGUAAAAAGAGGUGCCCCUACACCAAGCACCAAACCCUGGAGCUGGAGAAGGAGUUCCUCUACAACAUGUACCUGACAAGGGACCGGCGCCUGGAGGUGGCAGGACUCUUAAAUCUGACAGAGAGACAGGUGAAAAUCUGGUUCCAGAACAGGCGGAUGAAGAUGAAGAAGCUGAUGAUCCGGGAGAGGAGGAGUAUGAAUGACUGAUAGCUCUGUAGGAUGAGUAUAUAUAUAAAUAAAUAUAUUUUAUCUUUGUUUUUAUCUCCCCCAUGGGAUGGGGAUGUAGAGGAGAAGAGGUGUUGAAGCUUGCUCAUUAAACAAAACACAGAGCCCCAUGAUGCCCUGAAAACUGCGACGGGGGAGACCAGGAUGCAUUGUAACACCUCACUGCCAUCAGGCCUUCAUUUUUAAAUCAUCAGAAAUCUCCCAUCCAUGUGUUUUACUGUGAAAACAAUCUGGAUCUGAUGUGAAUUAAAAACAUAUGUAACAAUUAACACAAAAAAAAUCAAAAACUGUCUGACCUUAAAGUUGAAAUAUUUUUAACUGCAGAAAUUUUCCAAACCACAAACAUAGAUUUUAGUCUAAUCCAAUGAGAUUUGAUUUUAUUUGUGGUAAACUGACACAAAUUAUUGCAGAAUUAUGAAGUUGAAGACAAAUUUCAUGUUUUUUUGUUUUGUUUUGUUGUUUUUGUUUUGUUUUGUUUUGUUUUGUUUUGUUUUGUUUUGUUUUGUUUUGUUUUGUUUUGUUAAUGCAAGUAUGAAAACAGAGGCAGGAAUUUGUUUCAAGUCCUUUUAGAUCUUAAAAUUAAAAUCUCAGUUUUUUUCAUACCAAGUUUGAUUUUUUUUUUACCCCUUUUCUCUUUUUUUUCUUAAAACAAUUACAAAUAGCAUCAUUCUGGACUAUGGAGACACAAGGAAGAGGACUGAUAGAAAAUAAUCCAGAUUUUCUUUAAAUUGAAAUUUUCGAACACAAAAAUAAAUUUUAUUGAUAGAAUCAUUUUUUGGCCCUUCUCUAAUAUGAUGUCUGAGUGGGCAGACAUCAUAUGGGGGCAGUUAUUUAUCAUAUUUGUUCAUGCAACAGCUGGUAAAUACAGAAAAUGCUGACAAGAAGUAAUUCUCUGCCAUCGUUUUGGAUCCCACUCUAGUGUGGCGCCUACAUGACUCGUAUUUGGGGCAUACCAAAGUUUUGCAACUCUGAAGAAGACUAAGGAACAGGUAAAGAAAAAAACAUCCCCAUGGUGGUGGUUGUGUCAUGCUUUGGGUCUUCUUUUCUCCAGAUGUCCAGAGUACAAAUUCCUGCCACAUUUUCAGAUUUACAUUUGUGAAAAAUAUUAAACACCAUCAUUUUCCAUUCCCCUUCAUAUUGAUGCGCCACUUUGUGUCAGACUAGCUCAUGAAAUCCCAAUUCAAAUCUCUGCAGUGUGUGGUUGUACCGUAGAGGACUA